AUGAGCAACGCACGAGUGAAUCGACACAGUCGAGCCUCGUCCAUUAUCUCCACCCAGUCCAAGUUCACCACAACGACAUUGCAAGAAGAUGCGCGCAGCAUUGACAUCAAUGUCGGCGGCCAGUAUUUUCGAAUUAGUCGGGAUGGCUCCAAAAUCACGGCUGAUGCACCCCCUCCGUACACCGGGCCAGGCGAAACGUUGCGCUUCCAAAGAGACCGAACAAGCGAUGUUAUGAGUUUAGACAGUCGAAUCGAAGCAAGUGUUCAAGACGUCGAGGAAGAGAACUUGGAGGGGGAUGGGGCCGUUACUCCGAGGUCAGCAUUCCAAGCCAUCGAUCAAGAUGCUGUUUUCCGAGCCAAUCUGUUGGAUCCGACACCUAUUGAAAUACCGUCACCCGUGCGACAUGAUCAGCUUACCCACCGCUCGUCCUCGGCCACGCUCGUCAUCAGCGAGAGCACGUCUACUCCUGUUAGUGAGUUUGACCAAAGCCUGGUCAAUGAAGAGGACCCUGGAACUCAGUCUGGUCGGAAUCCAGAUUAUAGCAGAAGAAGGGUGGUUUCAGAAGAUCUGAUGCUCGACAGAGCCGAUCUGACGCCAAAGUCGUCUCCAAUGAGAGCAUACCGGGAACGCUUGCCUCGACUUAUUACGUCGGGUGAGAUUGUGUGGGCUAGUCAUUGCCCUCAAUUAUAUCGACAGCGUGCCAACUCAUGGGGAGGACGUCCACUGCAAAUCCGGUCCGCUGGCGCAAUCCUUGGUGAUGUGUCUGACAAUGGUGUACCACGAUCCCCAGAUUAUAUAGGAAGAGACGCACGUGGAAUGUUCCAUUUCCCUACCAGAGCAGCCACGACCCAGAUUACCAGUACUCGCAGAGACGGCGAGUCGUCAGCCAGUGGACCAAUGCCUCUCGACGUGAGCGAGACGUUGGACGAAAGCAAUACACCUCUACCGAUGGACAACGAGAAUGACAUUUCCCUGCACUACGCGCGGAUGAUGCGGAAAUUGGACUCUUCGCAUCGCAAGGCACUCCUCAUCAAGGACAAACAGUUGGCGGAACUUCAGGAGAAACUCAACGAAAAAGACAUCGUUUUGAGACAGCAGCUACGGGCCAAAGACUUCAUCAUUGACGACCUCAAGAAACGCUUGAGUAACUUGGAAGGGAACAUAGAGGUUAUGCUAGAAAAGGCCCGACAUCAAGUCGAGGAUCUGUGGGAGGCUCGGUGGAAGGAUCGUGACUUUCAUCUACGAGAGCGCAUGAGACGCAUCGAGGAGGAAGCCCAGAAGGCCAUCGAGCGGAUGAAGGCUUGUCAAAAUCCGUGCGAAAGAUGCGCGAAAAUUGGUGAGUAG